AUGUUGCUACUAGAUAAUUUAAAAUCUAGUCUGGUUAAAAAAAAUGCUUGUAGUAUUUUAACUCAAGUGCGUAAUUCUACAAAAAGAGCUUCAGGUUCAAGAACUAACAUGAAAGAUUCUCCUGGUAAAAGAUUGGGUCCAAAAAAAUAUGAUGGUCAAGAGGUUAAAGUUGGUCAAAUCAUCAUGAGACAAAGAGGUACUAAAUUCUUCCCAGGUGAAAAUGUAGGUAUUGGUAAAGAUCAUACUAUAUUCGCAAAAGAACAUGGUGUUGUCCGUUACUAUUUAGAUCCUUUCCACCCUGGUCGUAAAUUUAUUGGUGUCUCUUUGAAACGUGAAUUGCCUCUACCAACUCCUCAUUUUAACCCAAGAGUUAGAAGAUUUGGUCAUAGAUUAAUUACAGACACUCAAGAAUUGAAAAUUGAAGAAGAAAAUAUCCCUAGAAAACAAAGACUAGUCAAAGAUCAAAUUAUAAAAGAAUUGAAUGAAAGAGAAUCGGCAAGAGAUGCUAAAAAAAUGGAGCAUAAAAAAGUUAUCGAACAAUUGAAAUUAGAAUUGAAUGAAUCUCAAAUGGAUUUGGCUUUAAAUUAUCUGUUACGUUACAGAACUUGUCUAAGAAAUGGUUUCAACCUACAAGAUUCUCAAUUUAAUGCACAACAAUAUUUGAAGUUAGAAUCUAUUUUAUCUUCCAAAAAAAAUAGCUUAUCCAAAGAAGAUUUAGAUGCAAAUUUAAAAUCUAUUGAAUUAGUAUCAUCAUUGUUGAAUAAAAAUGUCGAAUUUAACAACAAGUUUGAUUUGAUUAAGCUGCUAUCAGCUGAAGAAAAACAGGCAUUGAAAAAUCAAUUAUUAGAAUCCUUAGGAAAGUAUAAAAAUGGAAUUAAUAAUAAAGAGGAAAAAGACACAGUUAUGAAAUUAUUCUCUAAUGCUUGUGAUUUCCUAACACUAUCUGAAGAAGUUCAUUUGCGUAGACAAUACUUGAAGUCUGUCCAACCAGAGAACCCUUCAAACAUCGCUACAAAAUCAGACAAAAAGGUGAUUAUAACUAGACGUUUCAAUUAUGAAAAGCAUCGUGUUGAUACUAUUCCAAGAAUUAAAAACUCAUUCUUAAAAAGAAUGUAA